AGCAAGAUAGGGCAAAAGGGCACUCGAAACGAUCUCUUAUAUCUUUAAAUAAUCGGGGUUUCCCAGCUGGAUGUUUUUGUUAAGGUUACUGGAUAAAAAAAGGAUGAAAUUUGACAGAGAGAAUUGCUUGUGGGAGUAGGGCAUGCUGAGGUAUUUUUCACAGCCUUGCAAGGCCAGGCCAGAUCAGAGCAGGCCACCAUUUCGAUUUUCCACCUGUCCAGGUACCCUUCUUUUGCUGAGGUGACGCAAAUAAGGGUCCAACAGCAAUCCGAGGAAGGUGGUGACGUGCGGGGCAAAUCGAGGCGCAUAAGGGGCAGGUGUCCUGGCUCAAAAGACCUUUCCUUUGCUUCUCUUUUGCCGGAAUUCUUCUCCUUUUUUACUUCCUCAUCUGCCCACCUAAAGAAAGAUAUUUCCUUUUUCUCUAUUCGCACCUCAUUGUCCUGAAUUAUUAUAAUAAUAAAAAUAAAAAUAAAAAUAAAAAACCCUCAUCACCAAGGACAACCCUCUUGACGCCAAGACAUUGCAAUUUGCAGAGAUUAUGAUGGCCUUUUCUGCAUCCGGCGAUACCUGAAAGGACCCAUCUAACGGUUCUGCUUCUUUUGCUUCGUCACCUAGAGUGUACGGUUUGUGGUUAGAGUUUAGAAGAAACCUUGGCUUCAGGAAAGAUGAAUGGAGCUGUGCUUGUAGCUGUUGCUGCUGCUAUUGGCAACUUAUUGCAAGGAUGGGAUAAUGCAACCAUCGCAGGGGCUGUUUUAUACAUAAAAAGGGAAUUUCAUUUGGAAAGUGAACCUACUAUUGAAGGAUUAAUCGUGGCUACAUCACUUGUUGGAGCCACAUUAAUUACUACGUGUUCUGGACCCAUAUCUGAUUGGCUAGGCCGCCGUCCUUUGUUGAUAAUCUCAUCAAUACUUUAUUUUGUUAGUGGUCUUGUAAUGUUAUGGUCUCCCAAUGUUUACGUUCUGCUUUUGGCAAGGCUUUUGGACGGAUUUGGCAUUGGUUUGGCAGUAACUCUUGUUCCAGUUUAUAUAUCUGAGACGGCACCACCUGAAAUAAGGGGGUUGUUGAAUACCCUUCCCCAGUUCACUGGAUCUGGUGGAAUGUUUCUGUCAUAUUGCAUGGUGUUCGGAAUGUCCUUGAUGGAGGCUCCAAGUUGGAGAGUGAUGCUUGGAGUUCUUUUUAUUCCCUCAAUCAUCUAUUUUCUAUUGACUGUAUUUUUCUUGCCUGAGUCUCCAAGGUGGCUUGUAAGUAAAGGACGGAUGCUUGAGGCCAAGAAGGUUCUGCAGAGGCUCCGUGGCAGAGAAGAUGUUUCUGGUGAGCUGGCUUUACUGGUUGAGGGACUUGGAGUUGGGACUGACAUAUCAAUAGAAGAGUACAUAAUUGGCCCUGCCAACGAUUUCACAGAUGACCAUGAUAUAGCUGCCGACAAAGAUCAUAUCAAGUUAUAUGGGCCUGAACAAGGUCACUCCUGGGUUGCCAGACCUGUCAGUGGGCGGAGUGCUAUUGGUUUUGCAUCUAGGCAUGGAAGCAUGGCAAACCAGAGUCUAGCUCUCAUGGAUCCUCUUGUCACCCUUUUUGGUAGUGUCCAUGAGAAGCUCCCUGAACAAGGAAGCAUGAGAAGCAUGCUUUUCCCUCACUUUGGAAGCAUGUUCAGUGUAGGAGGGAAUCAUCCUAGAAAUGAAGAUUGGGAUGAGGAGAGCCAAGCCAGAGAUGGUGAGGAUUAUGCAUCUGAUGGUGCUGCUGGUGAUUCUGAUGACAAUUUGCAGAGUCCGUUGAUCUCACGUCAGGCGACAAGCAUGGACAAGGACAUGGUCCCACCUGCCCAUGGAAGCAUGUCAAGCAUGAGACACGGGAGUCUAAUUACAGGAAAUGCUGGAGAUCCAGUUGGUAACACAGGGAUUGGUGGUGGUUGGCAGCUGGCAUGGAAAUGGUCCGAGAGAGAAGGUCAAGAUGGAAAGAAGGAAGGGGGCUUUAAGAGAAUUUAUUUGCAUCAAGAGGGAGCCCCUGGUUCACGGCGUGGAUCUCUGGUUUCUCUGACUGGUGCUGAUGCCCAUGCAGACAGUGAAUACAUCCAGGCUGCUGCUCUGGUGAGUCAAUCAGCUCUUUAUCCCAAGGAGCUUGUGAAUGAGAAUCCAGUUGGACCAGCUAUGGUCCACCCAUCUGAAACUGUAGCUAAAGGACCAAGCUGGAGAGAUCUUUUUGAACCAGGAGUCAAGCAUGCCUUGGCUGUUGGUGUGGGAAUUCAAAUACUUCAGCAGUUCGCAGGCAUAAAUGGGGUUCUCUACUAUACUCCUCAAAUUCUUGAGCAGGCAGGAGUUGGAGUUCUUCUUUCAAACUUGGGCCUCAGUUCAGCUUCUACAUCUCUGCUUAUCAGCGCCCUUACAACAUUGUUGCUGAUCCUUUGUAUAGCUGUUGCCAUGAGGCUCAUGGAUAUCUCUGGGAGAAGGACUUUGCUGCUCACCACCAUACCCGUGUUGAUCAUAUCCCUCAUUUUGUUAGUCCUUGGAAGCUUGGUGGAUAUGGGCAGUGUUGUUAAUGCAUCAAUCUCAACUGUUAGCGUUGUGCUCUACUUCUGUUUUUUCGUCAUGGGUUUUGGGCCAAUUCCCAACAUAUUAUGUGCAGAGAUCUUCCCUACUCGUGUUCGUGGCCUUUGCAUAGCCAUAUGCGCCCUUACUUUCUGGAUUUGCGACAUCAUUGUGACAUAUACACUCCCAGUUAUGCUUAAAUCUAUCGGCCUUGCUGGUGUUUUUGGCUUAUAUGCAAUCGUGUGCAUCAUAUCAUUUGUGUUUGUCUACUUGAAAGUUCCAGAGACCAAGGGCAUGCCUCUGGAAGUGAUUUCCGAGUUCUUUGCCGUUGGAGCAAAGCAGGCUGCAGCUGCUAAGGAAAACUGAAUCCAAGCACCUAUGGAUAGAAAAAGUUUUGACAGUUGCUGUAUUUGUUCUGUUAUUUUUGUAGAAAAAGCACACCAUCCAUUUGCCCCUUCCUUUUGUGAUUUUAUUUUACAUUACUGUAAGAGUUCUUUUUUCUACUCCAUGCUGAAAUGUUUGAAUACGCCUCAUGUCAUGUUAGCUAAGAGUGGGGAUGAUCAAUGAUGUAUGAGAAAAUACAAGGAAUAAUUUUGGAUUUGGAAGAGU